AGUUUCCAAACUCUUGGGCUGAGGGAAAAUGUUUUUGGCGAGGUGGUGAAGAGUGCGGAAAUUUGGCUGGAGAGCAGCGAGGAGCAAAUGGACCUUUCAUACUGACCCCAGGGAUAAAAUGUCUCUGUGUUUUUAAUUAAUUAAUGGCAAGGUCAGACUGUGUUUCCGAUGUCCUCUAGUGGUGGUUCUUCUGGCCUCUUUGGGCAUGCUCAAAAUGCGUCUCGUGAUAAGGAUGUCCCUCCAGGCUUGUUACAGAGGAGUAACGGCCUCUCUAGUUUGCAACAUCAGAAAUCGGAUUUGGCUCUGAGCUUGGACCCUCUGCCGCCUCCUCCUCUCCCUGACGAACCACCGAUUGGACCAGAGUUUAACCCUAGUGACAGCGAAAACUGCGAGAAUCCAUCAGUUGACCUCAAGCCUGUCCACCGCUUUAUUCCUGACUCGUGGAAGAACUUCUUUCGUGGGAGCAACAAAAGCAGCAAUAGCUCGGUGCCUGUAUCCAGUACUUUGAACACCACCACAAAGGGCAUUAGGUGCUCUCCUCCUCAUUCGCCCUCAGUCUCAGAGUCAUAUCAUGAUAAGUUUGGGGGCUCUGGAGGCAGCUACCAUUCCCGCAUUGAGCGUGAAGCUAUGCUUCAUCCAGAGUCGAUGGAUGGUCGCACUGCACACACGACUCUGAGCUACAGCGAAAGAGUUGAGGAAUACCACCAGCGUUAUGCCUACAUGAAGUCCUGGCCAGGGCUGCUAAGGAUUCUUGGUUGCAUUGAGUUGCUUUUAGGGGCAGCCGUUUUCGCUUGCGUCUGUGCAUACAUUCACAAAGACAACGAGUGGUAUAAUAUGUUUGGUUACUCACAGCCCCAAAUGUACGGUGGAUAUGGUGGUGUGUAUGGCAUGUAUGGGGACACUUAUUACACGGGGCCCAAAACACCUUUUAUUCUUGUUGUGGCAGGUCUGGCAUGGAUAGUGACUGUGAUCAUACUUGUGUUGGGCAUGUCCAUGUACUACCGUACUAUCCUUUUAGACUCCAACUGGUGGCCUCUUACAGAAUUUGCAAUCAACCUGGCUCUUGCUAUACUUUACAUGGCUGCUGGUAUUGUGUAUGUAAGGGACACAACACGAGCCGGACUGUGCUAUUACCCCAUUUUCAACAAUGGCAUUAAUGCAGCUUUCUGUCGCACUGAAGCUGGGCAAACAGCAGCUAUCAUUUUUCUCUUCGUGGGCAUGCUGGUGUAUCUGAUAGGAGCUAUCGUGUGCCUGAAACUCUGGAGACAUGAAGCUGCACGGCGCUACAGAGAGAAGUACGGCCACGAGAUGCAGCCAGAGUUACUUGUGGCUCACUCUACGGCUGGACCGAGGAUCCCUGAGCCUGUCCUCCAGUCCUCUGCUGCACCAGUUCAGACAGAAGCCCCUGCACCUUCCAAGACAAAAGUGCUUAAAGCACAUAUUCCAGCUGGAUACAUUCCCAAACCCGUGAUUGUGCCUGACUACCUAUCUAAAUACCCAGUAAUUCAAACUGACGAGGAGCGAGACCAGUACAAAGCUGUCUUUAACGACCAGUACUCUGAGUAUAAAGAGCUGCAUGCCGAGGUUCACGCAACAAUGAAAAAAUUUGACGAGAUGGAUAGCAUGAUGCGUAACCUGCCUCGACACCUGUCCAGUCAGGAGGAAGUUGACCGCAUAAACCGAAUCCUUCAGGUAUAUCAGCAAAAGAAAAAUGAUCCUUCGUUUCUUGAGAAAAAGGAAAGAUGUGAAUACCUCAAAAACAAACUCGCUCACAUCAAACAUCGCAUUCAAGAAUAUGAUAAGGUCAUGGCAUGGAAUGACGGCUAUGGAUCCUGGGACACCUCUGCAAGUGUGGCUGACUUUUCAGGCAGCUAUGCAGGACGAGGCUAUGUUGGCAAUUCCUUCGGUGGAAGUUUUGGUGAGUAUUGGGCACAAAGCAGGAUGUUCUACCUGAUUAUCAUCAUUACUACAGCCAUCCUGGCUCUGUUAAUAUUUGUGGCUACUAUAAUUUACUUGGUUGCGGUAAAUCCCAUGGCACAAUCCUCAGUCUCGGCACAGUAUUACCAAGUACAGUCCCUGUGUUCCCAGUACCAGGGUCAUCAGCCUUCAGAACCCUUGACCAACCAGUACCUGUACCACUACUGUGUGGUGGAUCUACAGGAGAUGUCUUCCAGGCCGAAUGGGAGUCCACCUCCCUAUGAGUCUGAUCAUGACUACAAUGUGGUGCCACAACCUGCAUACUCGUAUUAUGCGGACGAUGAGAUCCAACACUUCUAUCGCUGGAACUCUCCACCGGGCAUCAUCAAAAUUAUGGCAGUCAUCUGCAUCGUCCUGUGUGUUGGCAUUUUUGCAUGUGUGGCAUCCACUUUAGCCUGGGACACCAAUACAAGUGUGCCUGGCAUUACAGGUGGCUAUGGAGUACCAAACUAUGGUGGCACUUCUUUCGGUGGCAGUUCCUUCAAUGGAGGUUUUGGUGGUGCACCUUAUGGCGUGAUGAGCUCACAAAAUGACCCAAGACAAGCAAAGGCAUUUAUGAUCGCAAUGGCUGUCAUUACCUUUAUAACUGUGUUGGCCAUCUUUAUCAUCAUACUCUCCCAUAAGCAGUGGGUACAAAGCAGGAAGUUCUACCUGAUCGUCAUCAUUACUACAGCCAUCCUGGCUCUGUUAGUGUUUGUGGCUACUAUAGUUUACUUGGUUGCGGUAAACCCCACGGCACAAUCCUCAGGCUCGGCACAGAGUUACCAAAUACAGUCCCUGUGUUCCCAGUACAAGUAUAAUCAGCCUAUGCAAGGCCUGACCAACCAGUACCUGUACCACUACUGUGUGGUGGAUCCACAGGAGGCAGUUGCCAUUGUCUUUGGCUUCCUGGUCAUCGUUUGUCUUAUUAUCAUCAUGGUUUUUGCCAUCAAGACCCGGAAGAAAAUUAAUGCUUCUGGGAAAGGGAAUAUCAUGUGGCACAGAGUGAAAACCGUCGAUGAGCCUAACGCUCCUCAAGAUGUGGAGGAUUGGGUAAAUAAUGUUUCUGGUGAUCCAGCGCUUGUAAAUAGUGACUUUCCUGAGAAGUUUGGUGGUUCAAGGGAACGCCUGGAUGACAACAGUACAAACUAUGGCGAUAACGGCUUUUUGGCUGUGGAACACAAUGUUCCACUACAGAAUUCGGCGCCCUACUAUAGCAGUUCAGACAUGGCCAGCUCAGCAAGUAAGCCUAAGAAAAAACGUGCAGGACGCCCCCGCCGUACCGACGGUAAAGACUAUGACACAGACUAUGCAUCAUCUGGAGAUGAACUUGAUGAUGAAGACUUUUCCAGAGAGUUCCCGCCCAUUGCUAAUGUUCACGAAAGGGAUAACUAUAAGCGUGAGUUUGAUCGAGAUCACCAAGAGUACAAGAAUCUGCAGGCCGAAAUGGAUGAAAUUAACAAGCGGCUAGCUGAGGUUGACCGUGAACUUGACGAGCUUGAGGAGGGAUCUCCGCAGUACCAGAAUGCCAUGGACGAGUACAAUGCACUGAAGCACCAAAAGCGGAGUGGUGACUAUCGGGUGAAGAAGAGGAGAUGCAAGGAGCUGAAGGCGAAGCUGAACCACAUCAAGAAAAUGGUCAGUGAUUAUGACAGUGGAAGAUAAAAGCUUUGAGACUCUCAAAAGCCGGACCUGACUUCCUACUCCAUCCAUCUGAUGUCUUGUCCUCCAAAUGUGAAGUAUGGAAGACAAGGGUUUUUAUUUUUUAAACAUAAGCUCUUAUUUUAACCCUGAAUUCUGUGGUUAGUAGUUUAUAAGUUUAAGUGGUUACACCAGGUUGUCUGUGUAAUGGUGAAUGUUUAAAAAGCCAUGUGGUGGUUUUUUAUUUAUUUUUAUCUUUUGAAUAAACCUGUUCAUAAACUGUACCAAACUCUUCUGUAAAAUUAUUUAUGUAUAAUUCUGCUUGUUCGCUUUUGGGUGAAAUUGGCAGGGUUUUUUUUUUAUAUAAAAUAUAUAAACGUUUGUUUAUUUGGGACUCAAGUUUGCAUAUUGUGCUUUUGUUUCAUAAGUGUUGUCAUAAUUACAUAACAUUGCAUGAUUUGCUUUUUAAACUUGUUUUAUAUCUGUAAAUAUCCAAAUCUCAGUUUUCUCUAUUUUAGUAGAAAUAAACAUGUCGGUCUUCUAUGAAUAAGUAGUAUUUUACAGAAUUUUUACAUUGCAAAAGGUUCUAGAAAAAUAAAUGGGGUUUUUUCCCCCCCAAAAAAAUACUACUUGUGGUUUUCUCAUUAUGUCCGGGUGUUCUGAUAAUCUUUAAACAAAACAUGAUUGGCAACUUUGUGUGUGAGUGCUGCAAUGGAAUUUCUGCCUUUUGCACAUUGGGACUUCAUUCAGAUGGUGCCUGAUAAAUAAAAUUUCUUGUCAUUCUCAAACAUGAA